AUGUUGCAAUCGGCUCUCCUUCUUCUUUCCACCGGGCUACUCGCUCUGGCCUCGCCGACUCCUCGAGCUUCCAAGUCCUUUGCCAAGUUCCUGGACAAGCGUGACCCUCCAAUCAUCGACGGUGCCUUCUCAGACCAAGAAAAAAAGCAAGCUAGCGAGGGGGCUCGUGAUGCACUUCAGCUGGCGUACUAUGCCUUGACUCCAAGUUCUAUCUCCGAUGAGAUCUUUGCAAAGUGGUUUCAUCCUGACGAUAGAGAUACUGUUAACAAGGUGUUUGAUGCAAUUCUGGGAGAUGACCAUGAAGAUGGAAAGGGUAAUCCACUUCUUGGAAAGCUCAGGAUUAUGCCCGACUACCAGGAUCCCGAUGACGGUGAAUUUUCCUGCGACGGCGAUACCCAAGCCGAAACCAGAGACGCAGGUGGUGAAAACCCUGAGAUCAUCAUGUGUCCCAAAGGUUUCGAGAGCGGUGGAAUCGGCAAGGGCUACGACGGCGUAAACCCAGUUCGGUGCGAAAAGUUCGAUGCUCGUGUAUCAUCUAAGAUGGAGAGUCUUGGAUCCAUUCUCAUCCACGAGUAUACCCACUAUGAUAAUCUGGUCAAGGGUAUUCUUCCGAAACUGGGGACUGAUGACCAUGCUUAUGGUCCUUAUGAUAGUCAGCAGUUGAGCCGGGAGGAUAAGUUGGAUAAUGCGGAUAAUUAUUCGUGGUUUGCUAAUGAGUUGCAUUGGAGUAUUAUUUGUGGAAAGAGUUUUGAUGCGCCUACUACGGCAGAUUCGAAGCGAAAGGCUUAG